GGUGGCCAGCAGUGCUUGGCUCGUUGCAAUCACCCACCUGUGAUCGGCGGAGAAGGUUGCGCGCGCGCAUCAACUGUGUCUAUAGUACCUACAAGUACCAGCAAAGAGUUCGCGCGCUUUUUUAAAAAUAAAUAGAAUAAGUUCCGCGUCAACCGUCGCCAGUUCUUGAAAAAUUAUCUCGGUUUAAAAAUAGAACGCGUUCGAAUUAAAAAUAAAUACCUAUAAAUAACUAGUUGAUAGUUUUUUAACUGGUUUGCAAUAAAGUUUAAAUAGAGUAUUUUAGCGGGUAAUGGCGAGCAAGUUCGAGGACACAAUAAGAAGGUGAAAGUGAUGAAACUUAUGCUGUGAUCAAUCAAUAAGGAUUUAAAAGGAGGCUCAGCGAUGGCGGCCGAAACCAAAAACGAUGAAGUUAAAAAAAUGAACAAGAAGAACAAAACUGAACACGGCCCUAACGACUUAAAUGAAAAGCAACUCAAUGUAUAUAAAUAUAAUAAUGGGAAACACAAAGACCAGGAGAAACAGGAGAAGAAAGAUGACGAGAAACUCGAAGACCCCGGCUGGAGUGGACUGGGGUUCUUCCAGAAAGUCAGAUACAUGAUGAACAUGAUCACCGUGGAGCCUAUCUUGGCUUGCUACGUGAUGCCUUCCGUUCUAUCAGCCCUGGCGACACAGAAUCUCUACUUGGAGAAAGCGUGUAGAGUCAACCUAGGGUAUUCCGACCACAUCUGUGACGCAUUGACAAGACGUGACACGGCGAAUUACACGGCUGAAGAGGAAGCGGUGCAGACGCUAGUGGCCCACGUUGCUGGGUGGAAAACAGUGCUGCAAUCUUUUCUACCCUGUGGAAUCCUGAUCUUCCUCGGUGCCUACAGUGAUAGAGUCGGCCAGAGGAAGAUCUGCAUGCUACUGCCAAUCAUAGGAGAGUUCCUGACGAGUGUCGGUUUAAUCAUAAACACGUACUUUUUCUACGAGCUGUCUGUGGAAGUGGCUGCGGUCACAGAGGCAAUAUUCCCAGCCCUCACAGGCGGCUGGUUCACCAUGUUCGCUGGAAUCUUCAGCUACAUCGCUGACGUCACGACGGAGGAGCAAAGGACUUUAAGGAUCGGGAUAGUGAAUCUGUUUUAUUCAGUCGGGGUGCCAGUGGGCGCUGCCUUGAGUGGUAUUCUAGUGAAGAAAAUUGGACUGUAUGGUGUGUUUUCGUUAAGUGCCUCGCUGUAUAUAUUGAGUUUCGUGUAUGGGUACUGCAGGAUAAAGGAAGUGAAGCGGCCUGAAGGCAGCACGAAACCGGCAGAAAACUGGCGGGAAUGGCUCAAGAUGUUCUUCGACACUCGCUACGUGAAGGAAACAGUCCUGGUUGCGUUCAAGAACGGCCCCAACAACCGCCGGCUGCGAGUCAUCAUGCUGGUCAUUGUGCUGUGCGUUGUGAUUGGCCCGAUCUAUGGUGAAAUGGCGGUGAUGUACUUGUUCACUCGGUUUCGCUUCAACUGGAACGAGGUGGAUUUCAGCGUAUUCUCAACCUACGCCAUGUGCACUUCUUUAGUCGGUACUCUAUUCUCGGUGGGUGUCUUCAGUCAUCUGUUGAAAUUCGAUGACGCAAUCAUCGGCGUAAUUUCCUGUAUGAGCAAGAUUCUAUCUGGCUUCAUGUACGCAUUCUCGACGAAAACCUGGCACAUAUACAUAGCUCCAUUGAUAGAGAUAUUCAACGGGACAUCUUUUAUAGCAAUGCGAUCUAUGGUCUCCAAGCUGGUGUGCAAGGAUGAACUAGGCAAAGUGAACUCCCUAUUCGGCGUGGCAGAAGCCAUGAUGCCUCUGGUCUACGCUCCGAUGUACACGACGGUCUAUACCGCCACUAUCAAGACCUUCCCGGGAGCUUUCUUCCUGCUCGGUGGAGGGCUGACUGUACCCGCUGUGGUUAUAUUCUUAUGGUUAUAUUUAGCCAACAAGAAACACAACGUCGACGGCAAUUCAACAGACACCUCACAAGAGAAAACAUUGGACAAACCUGAGAAGAAUGGAACAAUUAACAAAGCUUUUGAACUGAACGAAAACAAGGAAGUUGGAAACACUAAAGUGGAAAAUAUGAUUAGUUCGCAUAUGCCCACAGAGUAUUCUGGACAGACUGAGUAUGAUAUUGCUAAAACUAUGCAUGGUAUUGGUAAAAUAUGAAUUAGGAUGCGUAGGUAUAUUAAUUUUUGAGGCUAGAUUUGGGCUAAUGGAUUCGAAUUGUAUAGAGAGGCUCUAAGUUUUCAGCUGCCGACACGAUUUUUAAUAACAGAGCUCAAUAUUAUGAGAAUGAUAAUGCAAAAAUCAUAGUAAAAUUAUUGUAAACUAGAAUGCUUAGGUAAAAAUACAUAUCCAUCUCAAAACACAUUUUUUUAUGAUUUUCAAAACUAUGGCGAAUUAGUAAGACACUGUGAUAAUGACAAGUUUAAAUUGAUUCAAAUUAUUUUAAUUUUAAAAUAUAGUAUGACUUUGUGAUAUUGAUGUAUCAAAGGGUGUGUUAAAUUAAUUUUUUUAUAGGUUUAUCUUAUUGUUAUGGUAUGAAUGGAGAAUGGAGGAUAAUUAUUCCUAAACAGGGUGGCAAUCUAUUAGUGAUAAAUUUGAAAUAAAAUCAAUAUCAAUGUGCUCGUUUUUUUCGGUAAGAACAAAAUAAACUUUAAAUAAUAACUGAUACAAAAUUACCGUAAGUAAUAAUAUAAAUAAAGAUGAACUUGCGGCAGUCUUAACUCAUUUUUGUAUUAGAAUUAGUUAAGUACUUAAUCUAAGAAUAAGUACUUUAGUGUUAGGUAUUCUUAAUAAAGUAUUUUUAUAAAA